GUUGUUUUGUCCAUUCCUCAAUCUCUGGGGCAAAGCUUUCUUUCGUACAACAACAGAAGAUAUCAGACUCCAGUUCCCAAAGACCUCUUGCCCAAGGGGAGGGUGCCAAGAAUAUCCUUACCCAAGUCUUUCACAACCUUAUGGUCAGAAGUUUCCCAAAGAGCAACAAAUUCUGGAGGGUGACUUACUGGAGGCUGGGAACUCAACUUCAAAGCCAGUUUCGUUCUUGCCUCUAGACCUGGAGUUCUGCUCAUUUGCAUGCCCUCUCUGUGGCCUUUCAUUCAGAAGACAGAGAAUGGUUGCCCUGUUUUCAUUAACCUCACAUAUCCAUCAUAUAACUGUAAUUCAGUAGCAUUGACAUGCCUUUUUGAAAACAAUCAGAAUGACAAAGUAAGUUAUCAUACAAUAAAAUAACAGCACUGUUAUCUACUCAUUUUCUCUGUGGUCUCAUCCCUGGAAAGAGCCCCAUGAUUUCUUUGUCCUUUACUUCUCCUCAAUUCCUACUCUUCAACCUCAUGGAAACUCAGGGCCAUCUGGGGGUCUCCUAGGAUGAGCCCAACCUUGGGCUCAGCCUGGAUUCAGAAACUGGCAGGAGAUGAGGUGUCCUCACAGAAUGUGGCCUGGGGAGGGAAGGGCCAGAGACCUUCCUUUCAGUUGAGUUCUGAAACCAACUGAAUCCUGUCAGCCAAGGUUGCAGACAGAAGUGACAACAAGGCUGAGGUCAAACUAUGGGGCUCAGAGAAGCAACCACUGAGAGAAGUUCUGAGCCCAUCUAUGACAGGAGAAUCUACAAUUAGUGAGCUCUUGAAACAAGUGGCAAUUUACAUGCACUUCCAUGGAACAAUGUAAUUGUUACCCCUAUUUUAAAGGUUGGGAGACUGAGGUUCAGAACACUCACCUGAUUUUUGUAAGGGGAAACAGGGUUAAACCAGAAUGGGCCUUGUGAGGGUUGAUUGUGUCACUUUGAGAAGUUUGGUUAAGAGAAGCUUAGCUAAAUGGGCUCAGCAAUUCCACACCCUUGGAUCAGCCCCAGGGCUGCUCAUCAGCUGGAAGGUGUAAAGUGGAAAUGAGGAAGUAUGGCUCAACUUCUGUUCCUUAGGAAGAGCUCCAGUCUUCGUCUCACCAUGAAUGCCAUUUCCUGGCUUCCAGCGCAGACUCUUCAGCUUCUGGCAGGGAUCCUUCAGGCUCCUGGUGUAGACUCUUCAGCUUCCCAUCACAGACCCUUUGACCUCCUGAUAUGGACUAACAUGGGACACUGUAGUGAGCUCCAGAUUUUAGACUAAAUCCUUCCAUCUCCAGUGUGCAGACAGACCCUCUGCACUCUUCCUCAUCCGACUCUGGGUGGCCAUUGUAAACCAAUCUUGUAAAUUAAUACAUAUUGGUGUAUCUUGUGUUAUAUCUAUUUUUCUAGAAAAAUACUAACAGACAGGCCUGGUCCCUGAGCUGGAGGUCUGAUCUUCCUACUGUCCUGCAUCCCACCUGCUGCACUCCUUGUGUGAGGGACCCACAGCUGUCCUUGCUCCCUCUCCAAAUUCCUCUGCCCACACUCAGCCCUCCCUGAUCAAUGUUAGGCUGCCCAGCCCAAUACCAGGAUCCAGCCGGGCCCUCCUCUCCCCCUCCCUGCUCCUGAGGCCCUGCUGCCUUCAGGCUCAGCUCUUUAAAGAGCUCCUCCCCCUCUGGAGAAAGUGCCUCUCUCCCUGCUGAGUGGCCAGUCCCUAAACACAUGCACAAUCACACUGCAUAAUCCACACAGUGCACACAUCACAGGGGAGAUAUACUCACCCCAGGUCCUGACCCAGCAGACCCUGCCUCCUCCACCUGCUUUUGAUCAGCUUCCAGUCACCUCCCAGUUCCUGCAAGAGACAUGGGGGCUAAAGGACCUUGGAUCCAGUUACAGAAACUCCUAAGCUCCUGGCUGGUCAGAGAGCAAGACAGGGACCAGCAGCUGGAUGAGGCCUGCAUGCUGCAGCAGAAGAGGAUAUUGGAGUCUCCACUGCUUCAGGGAGCCAAGGAAAAUAACCUGUGUACACUUAAGAGACUUCUGCUGGGCCAAAGCUGUGACUUUCGACAAAGAGGAGCUCUGGGAGAGACAGCACUGCACAUAGCCGCCCUCUACGACAACCUGGAGGCUGCCAUGCUGCUGAUGGAGGCUGCUCCUGACCUGGUCAUGGAGCCCACUCUGUGUGAGCCUUAUGUAGGUCAGACUGCCCUGCACAUAGCUGUCAUGAACCAGAACGUGAACCUGGUACGAGCCCUCCUCUCCCAUGGUGCCAGUGUGUCUGCCAGGGCUACAGGCCUUGCCUUUGAACACAGUCCCCACAACCUGAUCUACUAUGGAGAGCACCCUCUGUCCUUUGCAGCCUGUGUGGGCAGUGAGGAGAUUGUGCGGCUGCUCAUAGAGCAUGGAGCCGACAUCCGGGCUCAGGAUUCACUGGGAAACACGGUGCUGCACAUCCUCAUCCUGCAGCCCAACAAAACCUUCGCCUGCCAGAUGUACAACCUGCUGCUGUCCUAUGACAGAGGGGACCACCUGCAAUGCCUGGAGUUCGUGCCCAACCACCAGGGCCUCACCCCCUUCAAGCUGGCUGGAGUGGAGGGCAACACUGUGAUGUUCCAGCACCUGAUGCAGAAGCGGAAGCACAUCCAGUGGUCAUGUGGGCCACUGACGUCUACUCUCUAUGACCUCACGGAGAUUGACUCGUGGGGAGAGGAGCUGUCUUUUCUAGAGCUUGUGGUUUCCUCGAAGAAGCGGGAGGCUCGCCAGAUUUUAGAACAGACCCCAGUGAAGGAGCUGGUGUCCUUGAAGUGGAGGAAAUACGGGCAGCCCUACUUCUGCAUUCUGGGACUCUUGUACAUUCUGUACAUGAUCUGCUUCACCAUGUGUUGUGUCUACCGUCCCCUCAAGUUACGUAAUGUGAACCGCACACACUCUCGAGAUAGCACUGUCCUCCAACAGAAAUUGCUACAGGAGGCAUAUGUGACUUACGAGGAUUACAUCCGGCUGGCAGGGGAGUUGGUGUCUGUCAUCGGGGCUGUGAUUAUCCUCCUUAUAGAGAUCCCAGACAUUUUCAGAGUUGGUGCAUCUCGCUAUUUUGGACAGACUGUCCUUGGGGGCCCAUUUCAUGUCAUCAUCAUCAGCUAUGCCUCCUUUGUGCUUGUGACCAUGGCAAUGCGGCUCACCAAUGUGAAUGGGGAGGUGGUGCCCUUGUCCUUGGCCUUGGUGCUGGGUUGGUGCAGUGUCAUGUACUUCGCUCGAGGACUCCAGAUGCUGGGCCCCUUUACCAUCAUGAUCCAGAAGAUGAUUUUUGGGGACCUAAUGCGUUUCUGUUGGCUGAUGGGCAUGGUCAUCCUGGGAUUUUCCUCAGCAUUCUUUAUCAUCUUCCAGACAGAAGACCCAUCCAGUCUGGGGGAGUUCUCUGACUACCCUACGUCGCUGUUCAGCACCUUUGAGCUGUUCCUCACCAUCAUCGAUGGCCCAGCCAACUACAGUGUGGAUCUGCCCUUCAUGUACAGCAUCACCUACGCUGCCUUUGCCAUCAUUGCCACACUGCUAAUGCUCAACCUGUUCAUUGCCAUGAUGGGCGACACCCACUGGCGAGUGGCCCAGGAACGGGAUGAGCUCUGGAGGGCUCAGGUUGUGGCCACCACAGUGCUGCUGGAGAGGAAGAUGCCCCGUUUCCUGUGGCCCCGCUCAGGACUCCGUGGGUGUGACUAUGGCCUGGGGGACCGAUGGUUCUUGCGGGUUGAAAACCACCAGGAUCAGAAUCCUUUGCGAGUGCUUCGCUAUGUAGAAGCUUUCAAAAGCUCAGACAAGGAGGACGAACAAGAGCAGCUUUCUGAGAAACAGCCUUCUGGGAAUCAGAGUGGGACCCUGGCCAGAGCGUCCCUGACCCCCCAGACACCCUCCCUGUCCAGGAACACAUCCCAAAGCAGCAGCAGUCACCGGGGCUGGGAGAUCCUUCGUCGAAACACACUGGGACACUUGAAUCUUGGGUUGGACAUUGGUGAGGAGGAUGGAGAGGAGGUUUACCACUUCUGAUGAGAAUCUUGCUAUUCAGUCUGACUCCAUGUGGCCUAGGGUGGGUCAGAGAAGGAGAUUUCUACUAAUGAAUUACUUAACUAUCAUGGCUGGUAAUCAUGUGGUGGCAUAGACAGAGUAAUUCCUAAAAGAUCUUAUCCCUCCCUUCCCAUCAGCAUUUUUUUUUUAAUUUUAUUGAGUUUAUUGGUACAUUUUAGGGAUACAGUACAGU